GUUCAGGGAAAUGUUUUGGUGACCGGCUGCAGAAAAAACGCGGAUUUUUGUUUUAGUUCCUGUUUUGUCUAUUAAAUCAAAGGAAUCGCAGCUGAACUUUACCCAGAAACAACGAGAGAUACAAAAUGUGUAGGAACGUAAACUCAUUGAUUGGUUUCGGCACCAUCUGAAAUCGCCAGUGGCGCUUGAAAACGCGACCACGUGAAAUCCAGCAACAACAAGACGGCGGUAGCAUGGAUUUGGGCGAGUUCACGGACUUCAAUAUUGACCAACUCCUGGGCACCUCCGCUCCGCUCCAAGAUGGCCUGGUCGAGCCCUACAAGCAGGUUCCGUUGCCUAGGAUCAACCAGGAUGUGCGGGCCAAGCGUAGCCGGCUGGCCGAGCGGAUAGCCCAGAACGAUGAGCUGGUCCGCCAGGUGCAACAGCUCCAGGCGCAGAACAAACAGCUGGCGGACCUGCACCGCACCGCCCAGGAGGUGACCGAUCUGUACAAGAGGGAGAAGCAGCAGCGGAUCGAGCUGGAGAAGCGCUACAAGCAGAAUGACCUGCGAUGCGAGGAGCUGGAGAAGAAGCUAGAUGCCCAGGUUCAGACCUGCGAGAAUCUUCAAGAUGAGCUGCUGGUCAGGGGACUACCCGCGGAUGCCAAAGAUGUGCUCUCCAUACUCAUGCAGCUGUCCCAGCGUCUGGGCGACGAUAGUGGACUCCUGCGGCGGGAUUACAACAUCAUGAAGAAGCUAAAGGAGCACUUCAAGACGCUGGACAUAAGUUUGCCCACGCCGAAGAGUCCCAAUCCGCGCAGCAAACGGAAGAGCCAUCAGCCUGGGGUCAACCAGUCCACGCAAACCAAUGUGGAGCCGGUGGAGGCCAAGCCCGCAUUUUGUUCUGUGGCCGUACAGGUGGAGGGUCUAAUAGAGACCCGUAACCAGGCCACGCAGCACAAGAACACCACCACAACGCGGGGCACCACAACAGCCUCCUUCAUCCGGUAUCAAGAUGUGGGCACCUGCUUUCCCGAGCCCACACCCCUGCCAAAUGUGCGGCAGAUCCUCGAUGAAAUGCUCUCGUGGCGGCAUGAUGUAAUUGAACCUAUGAGUCCACCGAGCGACCCGGAGCUGGAGCUGGAGCAACUUCCAGCCACAGCAAGUGUGGCCACCUGCACUAAUUUGUGUGAUAUACACCGCGAGAUUGACUUCCUGUCCGAUCGGCCGGCGCAAAUCAAGGUGUCCGCCUCACGGCCACCAUCGCGAACCAUGCUGGAUAGUGUGAAGGAAGAGGCCAGAUCCUCCAGGGAGCUGGCCAAGGAGCUACUCAACUUUCUACCUCAAAACCAAAGCUGCCUGGCCAAUCUGCCGCCGCAGGCCUUCGAGGAGCUGUGGCAGGUAUUUGGCCAAAUGGUCCUGGGCCUGCUGCAGAGCCGUUCCAAUCCUUCACUGGCCACACCGCCGAGCGUCAGUCAGGCGGACUUUACCAGCUGGCUGUACGAGCUCUAUGAGGGCACGCAAAGCCAAACGGAGCAGUCGUCUAGCAGAAGCACCAGCAAGAGAGAUUUCGCCACCAGCACAGAAUGCAUGGGUGUUGGAACGGAUCCCAUCAUUGAGUCUCCCAAUAUUAGCCACGGAGGAGAUGUGACUCCCAUCCGCCUGCCCUCCAAAUCCAGAGAACGAAAGCGAAAAUCCAAAAAGCGCAAAGCUGUUGCAAUGCCGAAGCCUAUUCCCAAACGAAACUGCCUGGAGAUGGGACCAGUACCUCUGGAGACAAAUAAUGAACCAGAAGUAGAUCAUGAACAAAAGCCAGAAACGGCACUCCAGUUUUUAAGCAAUUUAAAAACAUUUAACAUGGCCAACUGUGAUAAUCUCGAUAUGGAAUUGGAUGAGGAAGAACUAUAUCUGCUUCAGUUAACAUCCAACGCGAAAAAAGAAGAAAAGGAAGAAAUCAUUAGGGACGAGGUCCCUGAAGACUUCGAAAGCCCUGCGGAAAACACUAAGUUCCUACUGCCAGAAAAUAGUACUCCAGAUCCUUUGUGUGCAGGCCAGAAGGGAAAAGAUUCGUCUUUAAAAGAUGAUGACGGAAAACCAGCUAGUAUGGAACUCCCUCUGCUGCCACAUAAAACGCAAGACUCCGAAGUGACUUCUUUAAAGACACCAGAAAUCGAGUUAGAGAUUAAGAGCCUAACUGAAUUCGCUCCAAUUGAAGCUAUUCCGUCGCAUCCAUCCUUAAAUGGCAGCGAUUCCGAUGUGAAAUCAAAUGAGAGGAAAGAAUCGUUGGCGGAGGAAAGAUUAUAUUCCGAUUUUAACGCAAGUGAGGAGUUGCAACCUACAUCGAGCAAAAAAGAUGAUUGUUCAACAGAAAGAUCUGAAUCACCCUUGUUCAGUAGUGACUCAAAUCUGGAUGAGAGUACAACGAAAAGUGUUAAGGAUACUGUGCCUACAGACUUUUUUGAAUCUUCAGAAGAGCCAGAAAGCUCAAUGAACCACAAAGAUUGUGAUAUUUUACCAACUUUAACAAUGUCACUUUUUGGUGGUUUAAGUGAUUCAGAUUUGGAUUCGGAGUUGAGCGAGGAUAUGAUGGAUCCCGAAUUAAGUAAUUCGGAGAAUGAAAGUGAAAAAUGUAAAACUACCAUUAACCAACCAGAUUCCAAACUUAGAAUAAAUACUUCUUUGUUCGGCAGUGAUUCAGAAUCGGAUGAGGAAAGUUCUGAACCAGAAGGAAAGCUGGAAGAGGAUGUCCUAAAAAAUGCUGCCGAAGAGCAACCUAUUAAAGAACAUGCUGAUGAUCAAGAUGAAGUAGCUUCCUUAGCACCAUCUAGUCUGCCUUUACUUACUGAAGCCGAUUUGAUUACCAUAAAGCCACCUUCAGUCAUGGAAAACUCAGGACCUGAUUUUAAAGUAAAACACAACCAGCAGUUCGAGAAGCAAAUCAGCUCUAAGGUCACUCAAAGCACAAGUGAUGAUUCCGAGGACGAGCACAGUCUGGUUAUCGACGAACCAAUCUCCCCUAAGCAACCAGAGGAACCACCUUCACCUUGUCAAAUACCAGCUAAACGGAAAAGAACAAAAAGCGAGAUCAAAAUUCCUUCUCCGCCGGGAGCUGUUCGUUUGACUCGGCAGAGGGCCAAGCAGCUGCUUGAUGAACAAAAAUCCAGUCCAGAAAAUGGACUUUCGCUUGUAGACCGAAUAAGGAGUCAGCUCAAACAAGGAUUUACUGAAAUUGAGCCUUUUAAACCAAUUGAGCUAGAAAGGCAAGAGACAAAGAAGACACUUAUGGAACCAGAGGCCAUUAAGCAGACCUUUAUAUUCAGCGAGGAGUCACCAGCCUCUCCAGUUUCUGAGCCAACUGACGAGCUAGUCGAUCCACCCACCGAAAUCCCCUUAGAGCAAGCUAUAAUCAGCUGGGAAGAUGGCCAACCCAAGUCGCUCCUACAACAUGUAAUUGAAAAGGACAAGGAGGUGGCCAAGGUCAUCCAGUCAAAAAGGAAAACACUGGGGAAAUUGCAACCUCAACUCUGCGCCUCAAUAGGCAAAUAUCUUCAGGAGACCAUGCAACUGGAGUCCAGCUGCAGUGACUUGGCCUUGGAGAUCUACAAGGUGACCAAAGAUGAGGCCGUUAUUGUGAAUGCCUUGAUAACAGUAAUCUGCAAGAUUGGCACAGAUGGGAAUCCUGUGGAACGUCUGUUAAAUGUCCUGAAGUAUUUUAAUUUCUCUCAGAGAUUUCUGGCUGAACUGGAGGAGCGUCUGUUCCGAAACACCAAGGAGCGGCCAGCUACUGAGUUGGCUUUGAAAUACCUGAAACUCUACUUGGAGGCGAUGGCCCUACAAGCGAGCAUGUCGGCGGAGGGCUAUAAAAAUCCAGCGAGGCUGCUGCUGGCCAAAAUUCUGUACCACUUUGACCAGGAUGUGCCGCCACUGGUCUUGGAGGUGUUGCGCCAGUUUCCCACUGUGAUUCCUCAUCGCGAACAGCGGGAGUACGACAACUCGGAUGCCCUGAUCAACGUGAUUAAGCAUCUGCUGAUGAGCCGGCAGUACGACAUGCAGGAUCCGGAGGGCGCCGAACGACUGCUGCUUUCCAAGCUGCGCUUUGAGUAUCACUUCCAGCCCUUUGAGCCCACCAAGCAGCAGGUGUUGGAGAACUUGGUGGGAAAGCUAAGGGCUGGUCGUAUGGAGGAGCUGGGUUACGCCUUCGCGCUCUUCUGUCGGCGUUCUGCUCAUCUCAAGGUGCUGGACAGCGUGCUGGGGGAACACCUAAUGCCGCUCGCCACCAGCUACUGUGAUCUCGCUGCCCAGGACAAGUCAUACGAUGCCCGGCUCGUGCAUCUGCUGCACUGCAUCUCCUUGGUUCUGAAGCCUCUGCCCCUGGAAACAGAUAUGUCUGCCUUCGUGGGUUUCCUGAAGCGCCUGCUAGUGGCAGUGCCACGAUCUGGAGUUCAACAGGCGGCAGUGCAGGCAUGUCUACGCUUGCAAAGAUUCGGAUUCAAGUACACUUUCGACGCCCUGAAGGACUACAGACCGAACUACCAGUUGGAUCCGCUGACGCGGGCCAUGCUAAGAUGCUUUGCGGAACGGCGAAGGCAUUUCCGUUUCGUAGCGGCCACUGGGAAAACCUCAAAAGAUUAGAAAUUCCCGUGUAUGAAUUGCAACUAUUUAUUUAUGUAUGUAAUUGUAUAGAAUUUGAAUUAAACUAAAUGCCAACUGUGCUGCGGAUCUU